CCCAAAUAAAAAGAAAAACUUGCAUCAACAAAACUUUUAUAACUUUUUCUUUCAAACUUGACUGGAAACCUUUUAGGCCUUUGGGCCUUCAUUCAAAAACCCACUUCUUCUUUUCUUUAUUCAGACUAAUGGCUAGGACAAAACAGACUGCUCGUAAAUCCACUGGAGGUAAGGCUCCUCGUAAACAGUUGGCUACCAAAGCUGCCAGGAAAAGUGCUCCUUCUACUGGCGGAGUAAAAAAACCACAUCGUUACAGACCCGGUACUGUUGCUCUCCGUGAGAUUCGUCGUUACCAGAAAUCCACUGAAUUGUUGAUAAGGAAACUUCCUUUCCAGAGGCUUGUUCGUGAGAUUGCUCAAGACUUUAAGACAGAUUUGAGGUUUCAGAGUGCUGCCAUUGGAGCUCUUCAAGAGGCAUCAGAGGCUUAUCUUGUUGGUUUGUUUGAGGAUACUAAUCUCUGUGCUAUUCAUGCCAAACGUGUGACAAUUAUGCCCAAGGACAUACAGCUUGCUCGUCGUAUUCGUGGAGAAAGAGCUUGAAACUGAAGUACUUGCAGUUCAUUGCAACUUUACCUUGCAGUUAUAAAUAUUUUAAGUGUUAUUCUGUCUUUGCCUUACCUUCUCAGUGAACAUAUUAUAAUUCUAUUAUUAUUAUAAAGUGCCAUUUAAACUCAUUUUUUCUUUGAUUGAUUUCUUUAUUAGAAGAAA